AGAUAAGAGCCGUACAGUCGGCGCCAUGAGCGAGUCGGACGAGGAACUAGACUUUCCCGAAUUACAAACGUCCGGUAUAGACGGUCUUGCAAACGAGACGGCGCUGAGGGCGCUCAUUGACCGUACUGGAUACCCCAUCGUCCAACAGAAUGGCCAAAGAAGAUAUGGUCCUCCGCUGGAUUGGCGGCAGGCACCACCAUCCAAAGGAACUGAGGUAUUUGUCGGUAAGAUACCAAAAGACUGCUAUGAAGACGAAUUGGUCCCCGUGUUAGAAAAAGCUGGCCCAAUUUAUGAAUUAAGAUUAAUGAUGGAUUUUUCUGGGGCAAAUCGUGGAUACUGCUUUGUAACCUAUCAAAGCCAGGAAGAUGCUGCAAAAGCCGUCCAGGAUUUGAAUAAUCACGAGAUCCGCAAAGGUAGGCCCUUGGGAAUUUGUCACAGCGUCGACAAUUGCCGAUUGUUUGUCGGCGGAAUACCGAAAACAAAAACAAGAGAAGAAAUAAUGGCAGAAAUGAAAAAGAUAUCUGAUGGUGUAAAGAACGUUAUAGUUUACCCGCUUGCGGCGGAUAAGAGCAAAAAUCGAGGUUUCGCUUUUGUUGAAUAUGAAUCACACAAAGCGGCAGCUAUGGCCAGAAGAAAGUUGAUGCCGGGUAAAACCCAGUUAUGGAAUCAUCAGAUAGCCGUUGAUUGGGCAGAACCCGAGCAGCAGGUUGAUGACGAUAUAAUGAGCACUGUAAAGGUACUCUACGUUCGUAAUUUAAUGUUGAACACCACUGAAGAAACGCUAGAGAGGAUGUUUAAUGGGGCAGUUAGCAAAUCAGAUGCCGUUGAAAGAGUCAAAAAGAUCAGGGAUUAUUCGUUCGUUCACUUCCGGGAGAGGGAUGACGCCUUGAAAGCUAUGAAGGCCGUCGAUGGAACGUAUAUUGACGGAGCACUAGUCGAAGUCGUAUUAGCUAAACCUGUCGACAAAUCCGAUCCCCGCUAUAUAGCUAGAAACGCCCAUAAGAACGCAACGACACCAGUAUCUACGCCAUCUAACGCUAAUUUCGGCGCUUUACCCCUUCUGUCAUAUGGAGUACCUGCUUAUGAUUAUAAUGCAGCUAAUGCCUAUUAUGCGCAAAUAAUGGCACCAUACGUUCAGCAAAGACAAAUAAUAAAUCGAAAUUUGAUGGCUAGACCAACACCUAGAACCGGAAGAAGCGGCGCGGCGUCUAGUUCUAAAACAACUUUAAGAAGUGCAGCUGAACCGAAUUCGAAUGAGCAUCGUUCCAAGUCUCUUCUCGAACAAAUUCUAGAUGAAUUUUGCACUAAAAAUGGUUGGGGAUCACCUGUUUACCAGUUGCAUUCUGCAAUUGCUAGAAAUCCUACUAAUACAGCGGACGUUCAACUUUAUGUCUAUAAAGUAACUAUUCCCGGAUUGGUCAAUUUAGGAAUGGGAACAUUUCAACCACCAACUUUGAGUGCAAGCGCAGAUGAAGCUAAAAAUUUAGCUGCUGAAACAGUUUUACAACACUUAAACGUUCCACUGGAUCCAUCCAAUCUCCUUUUACAGCACAAUGCUAUGGAUGCUACUUCACCACCACCACCAAUGAUGCCUGCUAGGCAAUUAAUACCAACUCCGGCUCUCUAUCCAGCAGUUCCAAUUGCUGAUACUUCGUAUUUGUCUGGAUUGCAAACCAUCUAUCAUCCAGCUUCUCCUCACCUUUACGGAAUUCAAAGUUGACCUGGCUAACCGUCGCCUUCUUGCCUUGUUAGAAUUUUUGUCAAAUUGAUCAACAAACGGGCUUAGGAUAUUAAUAUAGGAAAAAAGUAACGCUACACAGAUGACGCUUCACAACAGCGACAUCUACAACGCUAUCAUUUUUUCAGAUCGAUAACAAAACAAUCAAGAUAAGAAAGCGGCUAAUAGCCGAAAUGGACGCCUCAUUAACAUUACAAGCGUCUUCGGAACAGCAGUACGUGCACAUCCAAUAAGAAUAUGGUUUCUCGUCUCUUAGAUCGCAACCAGCCAAGCUUACAUUCCUUUGCAUUUGGCAAGACCUUUCUUUCGUGCAGCUUUUUAUGAUGGACAGCUUGGUACUAACUUCUGAAUAGUAGACGGUAGUUUGGCAAACGUCAAAUUCUUCGUCACAGUCCAACAGUUUUUUUUCGGUAUUGCAUAACUCGUUCGUGUGUUCGUUUUCACAGAUAUAACAUUUCAAAGAGCAAGCUGUAUCAGUUUUCACCGCUCAUUUACAUAGAACGCAUUUAUUUUGUUAUUUAUACAACUAAAGGAAUAAAUUAGUGAGAAGAAAAAUGCCAAGAUGAAGGGAAAAUGUUUUACCUUUUUCCUCAAAAAAUAAAAUACGUUUUCUUUUUUUUUUUUAAUAAAACAAAAAAUAUAAAUAAUUGAAAAUAAAUCUUAACUAAUUU